UGUUCGUCUUUAAUUAAAAGUUGUCGACUAUAAUAUGGCGAAACUUCAACGUGUGGUCUCAGAGUCCGAAUCAGAAAAAGAGUUAAUAGAGAAAAUGUCUGAUUUGAGCGACGAUGAAGGACCGGAGGAAGUCACAUUUGACGACUCGAAAGUAGUCGCGUUAAAGAGCGUUAAAGACGCGCGGGAUGCAGUUAAAAGGGGGAAAGAGCUGGUGAAGGAGAAGAGGCGAAAAAGACAGCUGCUUUUCCUAGAACAAAAGAAAAGCAGACUUUUACCAGAAGCUCUUUUGGAAGAAUUUGACACAGUGGCCCAGACACCACCAAAGUUGUCAGAUAAAGGUGAGCAGCAGCACGAGGAGAAGGACAAAAAAAAGAAGAAGAAGAAAGUGUCUAAAAGUUUGCAGGACAGCUGCAAGGUGGUGCGGGUGAAGGACCGGUCUGCCAAUACCUCAAUGCAGAAAUCAGCCAUGGCUUUCAUCCAAGCACGUCUGUAUGGCCCAGGAAGCCGGAGAACAACCAACGCUGAACUUCUCUCUCUAGAGAAGAAACGCGGACUCAAUCAAGGAGCUGCAGUGCAGUUUGCGAGUAAGAAUUGGGGAGCAGACGAGAAGGCCAAGGCGGAAAAGUACAACAAGAGGUUUAUUCAGAAACAGAAGUUAAUCUCCAGCUGAGACGUUUUCCGAGGACGUGUUUGCACGCGACAGCAGAACGAAGACUUCCUGCUCGGAUUUCAGCUGUAGACCAAAAGUCACACCGCUGUAUUGAUUUGUGACUGGAAGCAGCUCAGCUCAGUGCUAAAUUAACUAUUAAGCAUCGAAUCCACAAAUCUGGGACAAAUUGUUUCUGUAAGCAUUUUAUGAAGUAUUCUCAAAGUUAGGCUUUAAAGGUGGGGCAAACCAUGAACAAAUUGCAUAUUUACAUUUAACACAUGAUCAAUAACGUCCAAGAUUUACUUUGUAUUGAAAAUGAGCUGAAGUUGAAAUGGCUUUUAUCCACAUGUUGGUAUAUGUAAUAUCACUUUGGUUAAUGGUUUCCUCCAUUACCCAUAAUGCCGUUUGACCGCCUGAAAAACAUUCUGUGCCAGUGGGAAUUAGCCCUUGCUUCAAGUAAAGAGAGCGAUGCAGCGGCGCUUUUAAUUUAAUCUGAAAAUUCUGCUCAAACAGAUCAGGUUCUGAAGCGUCGGUUUUUGUGUUAAUCCCACCGUUUACACCGUUGGGCUUACCUCGGUAAUGUUUAACUAGCUGAGCAGAGUCUCUGCCAAAAUUCAACGCAUCUGCAUUUUCAGGACUUUCCAGUUUGUCGUCUCCACUAUUUUUACUUUAGAAAAAUGGUGAAGGGGAAAAGAAUCUCUUGCUCUUUUAUUUCUGCGAAAGCUGAACAGCGAAAGCUGAACGUUAUCAAUUUACAUUAUAGAACUGUUUUUUUUCUCUCGUUAAUUACCAUUAAACCCGAUUAGGAAUGUCGUCCUAUGACGCAAGCCCAGCUGCCCAAGUACAAAAAUCGCUAUAAACACGUCAAACAUUUCAGUUGUGAACAUAUUUCGUAUUUAAAUGCUUCUUUAGAGUUCAGUUUCAGGACUUUUUUUUUCUUUUUCCUUUAAAGACAUGUGAAUAUGUAAAGGAAAGGUCUUUACAUUCUUCUGGGUUUUUUUUAUAGCAAGUCAAGGUCAGGUCAAAUGCUUUCUGUCUGAGGCUGAAUGUACAGUUUUUUUUGUUUGUUUUUUUCUUCCUCCUUAUAAAAAAUAAAACUAACCCCAAAGCAACGUUUCUACAAAAGUGCCAUGAUGAAUAUCGUGAGACGACUGGAUCGAUUAGGUUUGAACAGCUGUGUCAGUCACAGUUUUAAUAUGCGUAGUCUGUAAUGGUAUUUACAACAUGGGGUCUUGAUGUCCAGUGGAGACGUUACCGUAGUAACUGUGCUGUUACACAAUUUUCCACUACAGCUGACGACGACGUAUGCGUCCACGUUAAAAAUCGUCCAGAGAUGUGCAUCGGAUUACUACAAGCACGACUACCUUCUAUAAGCUGGAAGAACACAGUCUGUACACGCAUCUUGUCCACCUGGGUAUUUGUAUUUUAUUACUGAAAAUGAUAAGACAGUGCUGUUGACAAUACUGUAUCAUUCUCCUUGCUUUUGUAACGUAGUGAUGGUCAUAAGGGCUGGCUGGUGAAACACAGGAGAAAACCAGGAACAGGCUUUCCUCUUCUCAGCCAGGGCUUGUAUAUAUCAAGCAAUAUAGAAUAACAGUUCGGACAGAUUUUUACCUUUUUAUGUUUUUGUUACUAUGCACAAGGGAGGUUUAUUCAAAACUCAGGGAUGAUCGAUAUAUACAAGCCUAGGCGCAUUUCAGAGAGCUGCACUGUACAGAAACGUGAGAGUGGUGAGCGUCAGCCUGGGUGAGAACAGUUCGGAGACGGACUCAGGACAGCCGUAGACAUCCACGAGGUUACAAGUCCAAGUGUCCAAACGUUUGCAUCAAACCUGCUGUGCAGAUCUGGCAGAGGGAGGGCACGCUUGCACAAAGAAGGGCUUAAACUCAAAAUACAGCUCACACUAACUCUCUAUACUAAAUACCACCACUAAAGGAGGAGUCCAGCUUCGUUGGACUGCUUUUUAAUUUUUUUUUUCUUCUUCUUUAGAUAACUAAAAUAUUCCACUCUGCAUGUUAAUAUAGCUUUCAAAAAAAAGGGGGGGGGGGGGGGGGGGG